AUGGAAUCAUUCAAAUUAAAUCGUAUUAAAUUCUUUUUAUUUCUUACUCUUCAAGUUUGUACUAUGCCUUGUUUUCUCUAUGCUCUUUAUCGAUAUGUUCGUGAAAAAAAACUUCGUAAAACAAUAAAUUAUCAUGUAAUUUAUCUUCUUCUAUGUACAUCGUUUCUCUUUGUUACACUUGGAUUAUCACUUUCUCAAAUUUAUAUGUUUACGUCAUAUGUUUAUCCCUCAGAUGACAGAUUUUGUUCAUUAUGGAAUUGGUUUCAUCAUUCAAUUAAUAUUAUUAAUCUUUUCCUUAUGGCAUUUCUUAGUAUUGAACGAAAUAUAUUAAUUUUCCAUUCACAUAUUCUUCGUACUAAACGAGCAAAAAUUCUUUUUCAUUACUGUCCAAUUCUAUUUUGUCUUCUUUUUCCACCGUUAUUCUAUAUCGGUGCUAUAUUUCUUUGUCCAUGUACAAACCAUUAUGAUUAUACUAAAUUAUUAUGUACAUCGCCUUGUUAUUUUAGUAAUAAAUAUUGGGCAAAUAUUGAUUUAUAUUUUAAUAAUUAUAUUCCACUUUUUAUUAUUCCAAUAUUCUGUGGUAAACUUUAUAUAAAUGUUAUUUUUCAACGACGAAGAUUACAACAACAAAGAGGAAAAUGGCGUCGUGAUCGAAAAAUGAUUUUACAAUUAUGGAUAGUAUCAACUCUUUAUUUAUGAAAACGAAAACGACAAUCUCCAAGUCCAGCAUCAACAUCGAAAAUAAAUCGACGAUUAGAUAAAUUGCGUAAUGGUCAGCGUAAUCUAUGGCUUGAAGAUGGUGAUAAUGACAAUGAUGAUGAAGCAUAUAUACAAUCAAAACCAACGAAAACAACAACAACAACUAGUAAUAAAACAUAUAUUGUUCUAAGUGAUUCAGACGAUGAAAAACCAUCACCUCGUCGACAACGAAGUAGUAAUAAAUCUCGAAAAAGAACUACUCGAACUCAUGAUGAAAAUGAUACAUCAGAUAAUGAUCAUAAUACUUCAUCAAAAUGUAUUACUUGUCUGAUUUGUUCAAUUCUUUCAACAUUAACAUCAUAUAAUUGUUGUUCAAAACAUUUAUCUCUAUUAAUUAAUAAUAAAAAUACUCAUCAUAGUUGUCAAAAAUUAACAACAACUACUGAUCAAUGGCCACCGCCGCAAGUUAUGAUUGUACCAAUGACCGAUGAAAUUAUGCAACGUUAUCUUAAUCCACAUGAAAUUAAUCGUCUUAAAGCACAAUCGUCAUCAUCAAAAAACCCUACUGAUUCUACUAAAUCUGUUCGUCGAAAAAUAUCUAAAAAGUCAGCAAAAACAUCCGAAGUAUCCGAUACUGAACAUCCAAUUAUCAAUAAAACUAAAUCAUCAAAAAAAUCUUCAUAUGUUGAACCUGAUCAAUCAAAUUCAUCACCUUGUACACUCGAUUCAGUACAUCAGAAUUCAGAAGCAAAUCCACCAGAUGCAACUUUUACAGUUAUUACAUCAACAUCAACAUCAACAUCAACAACAAUCAAUAGUUUCGAAAGUCCAAAUCCUUUGGAUACAUGUCAGUUACAAUCAUCUGAUCAACCAAUUAUUAUAGAUGAUACUCAACCUGAUACUCAACAAGAAAAUUUAUCGUAUAAUGAUAAUCAUAGAAAACAACAAAAUGAUCCAUGGACACCAAUAAGUAAUGAAACUUAUGCUGCUAUUGAAGUCGCUCUUGAUCGAAUUGAUGAAGCUUCUCAAGAACAAACUGAAUUUACACCAACAACAGCUCGACGUUUGCCUACAGAUGUAAUGGCUUCUCGUUUACCUAAAAUACAAUUAAAAAAAGGACGCUUUUAUCGAGGUAAACCUAUUGUAGAGAAAAAUACACCUGAUACAACAACAACAACAGAUGAAUGUUGUUCAUCGACAACUUCUCAAUCAUCUUCAGUUUCAACAAAGACAUCCAUUCCAAUUACAAAUACUCGACCACCACCAUUAUUAGCAACUAUUGUUGAAGAUGAAUCACUUAUGGUUCCAACAACAACAACAACACAUCAGACAUUAGAAAAAUCUUCUCAAGUUUGUCAUAUAUUAUCUCAACGAAAUGAAAAUACAACUGAAGGUCUUAGUGAUACUUUAAUGAGUUGUUUAUUUGCGCAAGAUGAAGCAAGCCAACUGGCUAAUAAUUCUAUAACAGCAAAAACAAUAUCUAGUCAAGUUCCUCUUGCUCCUCCUCAUCCUCCUGUUUCUCUUCCUGUUUCUACUGUUAUUACUGAAGAUUAUUCUCGUGAAAAUGAAAACAAUAAAUCGGAUGAUAUUUCUGAAUCAUCUCAAUUAACAAAUGAUCAUAAUGAUACUCAAACAGUGAUUCCAACCAUUACAAAUGAAAAAACAACAAUUACACCAGCGAGAUUAUCAUUUCGUACGAAUCCUGAUGGAUCACGCGUUAGUAUAUCACGACCACCAUUACCAGCCAAUCAUCAAUCACCAUUAAGAUCAUUUCGCCGGACAUCAUCCGAUAUAACUUCUAUUACAUCUCAUUCGAAUAAAUAA